AUGCGUACCAACACGCACACGCACACACCUACACACCUACACACAUAUUCAAACACACACGCACACACCUACACGCCUACACACAUAUUCAAGCACACACACACACACACACCCAAAGCGUGGCGUCGACGAGGCAAACUCGUACACAUGGCAUUGCAGCACUUGUUGAAUUAG